AUGCCUGUCGACGGAGGGAAAAGAAAAGAAAAGGAGGAAGAAAGUGGCCAGGAAGACGUAGCAGCAGCAGCAGCAGCAGAUGAAGAAGCAGAUGCAGCGGCCGAGGCAGAGAUCUUCGACCUCCAACGGCCGCUCUGGCUCCUGGUCGAGAUCACAGCUCACGACUCAGCAGCACCACCACCAGCACCACCACCAGCUAAGGAUAGGACAGGAUCAGGGACUCUGUUCGUCUCUCUAGCCUGCCCGUCCGUCUUUCCAUUACCCCGGCACCGGCUCCCUUCUGGGCGUCGUAUUGGCGGCCGUCAUCACGCUAUACAAGCCCGUCGAGCAGAUCACCACCGCUAA